UUAGAGAGUUGUGUACAAGCAGUGAAGAUCUAAAACAGAGCUACUGAAGAAACAGCAGCCUUCAGAUUUUUAUAUUACAGAUUGAGAUUUUAUUUCCAUCAGCUAGCUGUCCAUCAUGAAGCUGAAUCUUUUUCUUCUUCUGCUUCUCACUGGACUGGUCCCAGUUGCUAUCCUGCAAACCGUCCUUCACAAAUAUGACCUGAUAAUGACAGGGGCGACAUGGCCUGUUGCACAGAAUUACUGCAGGGUGAUAUACGAUGAUCUGGCAACAGUCAUAAGUGAUACUGAUUGGCUAAGAUUGAAGAAGGAAACAGCAGACAAAAAUCUGGCAACAUAUGCCUUGGUCGGAUUAUACAAUGAUAUCAAUAGCUGGCGCUGGUCCUUAAACGACCUCCCACUGAAGAAUGUCACUUAUACCUGCUGGUACCCUGGACAGCCUAAUAAUCUCGGUGGAAAAGAAGAAUGUGGUAUCAUAAGUACUGGUACUGGAUGGAGGGAUAUUCCAUGUACAUUACUAAGACCCUUCAUCUGCUAUAAUGCUAAUUUCAGUGGUGCUGCCCGGUUUAUUGGCAUCACUACACCUCUGUCCUGGCCUCAAGCUCAGGCUUACUGUAGAGAACAUCACACAGAUUUGGCCAGCGCUCUUAACAGUUCAGAUCAAAACAUGUUAGCGCAGGUGAGGAACAUCCAGGGUGAUUCCUGGAUUGGGCUCUACAGAGACACAUGGAAGUGGUCAGAUGGAACCAUCGCUUCAAACCUACCAUGGGCUCCUGGAUACCCUAGUAAUGAUUAUGGCAAUGAGGACUGUGCAGUGGUUAAUAACGGAUUGUUCUAUGAUGCAACCUGCACCUACCCGUAUCCUUUUUUCUGUCAUUCCAGUGAGUCUUGUGUUUUUCUUGGCUUUUGCUAUUAA